GCCGCGAGUAGAGGCCCCGUCCCGCGCCGCCCGCGCCGAGAGCCGGAGCCGCCUCCCCCACCCGCCUCGGAGGCGCUGCCGCUCCCCCUCCCCGCCCCGCGCGAGCCGCCCGCCCCCGCCCAGACUAGCAAGUACUGAUGGAUGUUUCCGACAGCCCUGAGCAACACCCCUGCUCUCCCGAAGAGGAGGACCAGCAGCUCUCAGACGACGAAAUCCUGAAAGAGAGUGGCUCAGAUCGGGAACUGGAUGGAGAGGGUCAUGGCAACAUUCUGGAGGAAGAGGAAGAGGAGGAUGCGGCCAGGGGACUGAGUCAGGGCGAAGAGGAGAACCACUCAGAUGAGGAGGACCAUUUAAGUGAAACCAAGUCUCAGGACUCUGACAAUAAUGAGCAGAGCAGGGAGCUGAAGAGCUCCCCGUGUCACAAGGAGGAGGAGGAAGAACGGACAAUUGAUCUUGGAGACGAAGCAUCCUCUGUCACUCGGGAACUGGAUGAGCAUGAAUUGGACUACGAUGAGGAGGUUCCCGAGGAGCCAAGUGCUGCUGUUCCAGAGGAUGAGGCAGAGAAGGCGGGGGGUGAGGAUGACGAGGAGGAGGAGAAGGGAGACGAUGCACCUGAGGACGAGAAGAAAUCCAACAGUAAAAGCGACGAUGAAAAGGAUGGCCAGGAUCCCCUCAAAGAGAAGAAGAAAGAGGAAGAUGAUGGAGAAAUUGAUGAUGGCGAGAUUGAUGAUGAUGAUCUGGAGGAGGGAGAAGUUAAAGAUCCCAGUGAUAGGAAAGUGAGGCCGCGUCCCACCUGCCGAUUCUUCAUGAAAGGUCACUGUACUUGGGGAAUGAACUGUAGGUUUAUCCAUCCUGGUGUGAACGACAAAGGGAACUACUCCUUGAUCUCCAAACCAGACCCUUUCUCACCCAAUGGUGCUCCUCCCAUUGGCCCUCACCCACUGAUGCCAGCAAACCCUUGGGGUGCGCCUGUCGUUGAUGAAAUUUUGCCCCCACCCCCUCCAGACCCUCCAACAGAAAGUGCCUGGGAGAGAGGACUCCGGCAUGCUAAAGAGGUAUUAAAAAAGGCGACAAUGAGAAAAGAACAAGAGCCUGAUUUUGAGGAGAAGCGGUUUACGGUGACCAUUGGAGAAGAUGAACGUGAAUUCGACAAAGAAAAUGAAUUUUUCCGGGACUGGAAUUAUCGCAUCACUAGAGAUGUCCGAGAUCCAGCGGAGGUGGACGUCAAAGAAAAUGUUAACUAUGGGCUUGAUUCCUAUACAGAUCCCUAUUACGAUUAUGAAAUAGAACGGUUCUGGCGUGGUGGGCAAUAUGAAAACUUUAGGGUGCAAUACACAGACCCAGACCCAUAUCGUAACUACCGAGUAAGUAAGGAAAGAGAGAGAGAACGGGAAAGGGAAAGAGAGAACCGACAGCGGGAGCGAGAACGGGAACGAGAGAGAGAACGGGAGCGGGAGCGACGACAGAGAGAGAGAGAACGAGAGAGGGAACGGGAGCGUGACAAGGAACGCCAGCGAAGGAAAGAAGAGUGGGAGAGAGAGAGGGAGCGAGUGAAAAGAGAUGAAAAGGACAGACAACACAGAGACCGGGACAGAGAUCGAGACCGGGACAGAGAGAGGGAACGUGAAAAGGAAAAAGAAAAACCAAAACCUAGGUCACCGCAGCCGCCAAGCCGUCAGCCUGAGCCACCAAAGAAGGAAAAGGAGACAACUACAACCACCGGCUCUCAGUCCAAGAGAGCAGAUGAAUGGAAGGACCCCUGGCGCCGAUCCAAGUCACCUAAGAAGAAACUUGGAAUGUCUGCCUCUCCCAGCCGUGCGCGCAGACGCCGGAAAACCUCUGCGUCAUCGGCAUCUGCCUCUGGUUCUUCCAGGUCGUCUUCUCGCUCAUCCUCCUAUUCUGGUUCUGGUUCUUCACGGUCUCGUUCCAGAUCCUCUUCCUACAGCUCCUACUCUAGUCACUCUUCCAGACACAGUUCUUUCUCAGGCAGCAGAUCCAGGUCGCGAUCCUUCUCCUCUUCCCCUUCUCCUUCCCCAACACCAUCUCCACACAAAGCGCUUGUGAAAGCUAAAGGGGAGCCUGCACCACCUGCUGGAAAAGGUGAGAAGUCUGUGAAGAAAGUAGCUGCCCUUCCAGUCCCACCACCAUUGACUAAAGUUGCAACAGCUGCACCAGAGCCAGCCAAACCAGUGGAUAAUCGAGAGGCAAGAAGGAAGGAACGUCAAACGAGGACUCCACCCAGGAGGCGGACUAUAAGUGGCAGCAUCAGUGGCAGUGCCAGCAGCUAUAGCGGCUCCAGUUCCCGAUCUAGGUCCUUGUCUCGGUCUCUCUCCAGAUCUCAUUCCCGAUCAACGUCUGCCUCAGUUUCCCCCUCCCCAUCUGGGUCCAGAAAAUCCAGGUCCCUGAGCGUGAGCAGUGUCUCCUCUGUCUCUAGUGCCUCCUCCAGUAGCAGUUCCAUACGCAGUGCGGACUCAGAAGACAUGUACGCUGACCUGGCCAGUCCAGUGUCCUCAGCCAGUUCCCGAUCCCUGACCCCAGCCCAGCAGAAGAAAGCAGGAAAAUCGAAAAAAGAAGACAGUGUUAAAGAGGAGAAACGGAAACGGGAGGUGCCUGCCCAGCCCCUGAAAUCAACAAAACCCACACAAGCGAGUAAAUCGCAGCAGCUGCUCCCACCCCAGCAGCCCCCGCUGCCCCAGCCUCAGCAAGGGGGCUUCAGUGCCCACAAAGAGAUCAAACUGACGCUGUUGAAUAAGGCGGCUGACAAAGGAAGCAGGAAGAGAUACGAGCCAGCAGACAAAGACAGACAAGGCUCUCCUCCAGCCAAACGGGUUAACCUGUCACCUGACCGAGGUCCUCGCGAUAGGAAACCUGCUGGGAGAAUCUCUUCACCCAAACAAGAUCGGCAGAGAGGCCAGAACCCUAAACCAUCUCCUGCUCAGACAGACAGGAAGCGCCAGCUGUCGCCCCAGUCCAAGAGCUCCAGCAAAGUCACAAGUGUACCAGGCAAAGCAACGGAGCCAGGCCCAACCGCUGCAAGUGCGAAAUCGGGCAAGUCCAGCACGCUGUCGCGGCGGGAGGAGCUCCUGAAGCAGCUGAAAGCCGUGGAAGACGCCAUUGCUCGUAAACGGGCCAAAAUCCCUGGGAAAGUAUAGUCCAAUGUGUGCAGAGCUCUGUCUCCACCUGGAUUCAAGACUCUUCUAUGUUUUUAUAAAUAGUAUACAAGCGGCCACGCUGGAUUUUGCAGUUCUGUCUGAUUUUGGCUGCAAUUCUUUUUAAAAAAUUAAAAAAAAAAAAAAAGUUUAGUCAGCUGAAAAAUCCCACAGACGAGAUGACUCACUCUGGCUCCUAACCCGUAUGGUGGAGAGUCGGGGAAUAAUCCCCUCUCUGCAUCAGCCAUGCAACACAGACCGAGCCGGCACCAAGAUGGAGGCCCACACCACCUCGUUUUCCCUGUAAAUUAUGCACAGAGGACUCCAAAUUCCAGCCCUGUCGGAUACUUUCACUUUCUCUCUCUGCCCGUCCCUCCCCUCUUUGCUAGCCAUAAGUUGUAUUCUUCUAGUUAGCCUUGCUGUGUGUUGAGUGUCUUCAGCAAUGCAGUUCUAUAUACUGUGUAAUGAGAGAACCGAAAACCGCUGUGAACUACUGGCAACAUCAUCUUCUCUCCCCUGCCCCUCCCUCCCCCAGGAACAAAACAAAAAAAUAUAUAUAUAUUCUUGACUAAAGUCUGAUUGGGAACUAUGACCUGUCUUUUAUUUUAAGCAUCAGAUUGUUUUAGUUGAUUUAAAAAAAAACAGAAAAAAAAAAGCAAAGGUAUUGUUGGGAUGUCUGUCUGAGGAGGGUCUUUUUUUGAGGGGUCUCCCUGAAAUAAAGUAUUUUGAUAAACAGUU